AUGAACAAGAAACUGUGCAUCCUGCUUGUGCUCGCGGUCCUCUGCUCGACGGUCUUUGCCGGUAAGAGCAAAGAAAAGACGAAGGACAAGUCCAACGAAUCAAAGGAUAAAUCUGACGAGUCCAAAUCCAAGGAUUCUGAUGAAAGUUCUUCCAAAGAGGUGGUGGAAUCCACUACAGCGGCUGCUGUAGAGGUAACGGAUGCUGUAACCGAUGCACCUACCGACGCCCCAACCGACGCCCCAACCGACGCCCCAACCGAAGCGGCAACAGAUGCAGCGACGGAUGCUCCUGCAGCUGAACCAACCGCUAACGAACUGAAGAGCUUGUGCAAGGGCGUUAUCGUGGAUAUGAAGCCGUACCCGGGUAACUGCAACAAGUUCGUCAUCUGCGUGCUUGGCAAGGCUACGGUCCAGACGUGCGGAAGCUUCCAGGUGUUCAACACUGACAUUAAGUUCUGUACUUUCGGUGAUCCGAAGAAAUGCCCAUAA